UUGCCUGAGGGAGGACGGCAAGCUUGGUUGACAGUGCUCGGCGGGUGCGCCCCAAACCUCGCACUAGAUCCCGCACAGGGGCGAUUCAGUCGUUACGGAGUGUAUCACGACUACUACACCACGGUCUCACGUCGAUAUCAAGGCCACGCUUACACUUGGGACGCCACCAGCUCCAUUCAGAUUUUCUUGCUAUAUGCAUCAGGCAUUAUCAGCGUAAAGCUGUAUGAUCAAGGCUACUUCAGACAUCUUCUCGUAGCCGGAAACAUUGUAUGGUUAUUCUCCUCUUUCAUGUUCUCACUCACCAGAACGCGCAACUACUACGAAAACUUCCUCGCCCAAGGCGUUGGAAUGGGCAUCGGGAUGGGGAUGCGCUUUUUACCCUCCCUUUCUGUUCCGUCGCAUUAUUUUCGUAGAAGGCGAGGGUUGACAAUGGGAAUCAUCAUGUCUGGUGACUCUGUUGGCGCCGUCGUAUAUCCCAUCAUGCUCAAUCACCUAUUCGCUACAGUCGGCUUCGCAUGGGCCGUGCGUAUAGUGUCUUUUCUCGGCAUGGGUCUUCUCGUAUCGGCUGGUUUGCUGAUGCGUACUCGACUGCCGCCAACUCGUCCAGACGGGUCUGCGUACUCCCAACUGAAGAAGAUAAUUGGAGACCUUACGUUCUCUUUAUCUCGAAUGACAUUGGUAACCAACCUCAGUGUUCUCUUUCAAGUUUUCUGCAUCCAGUUAUUUGCAACUCUACAUAACGAGUCCGGGAUAAUUGUAACAUACAUUGUGAGUCGUCUUGCUUUGUUACCAGUAUUCGCGCUGUCGGCUUGCCCUACCGAAGAUCGCGAUAUUCACUCGACUGCAGUGUUGAUCCCCAUAACAUUUGUGUCUGGGUACCUUGUCUUUGUCAUGCUGGCUGCUACGGACACUGGCAUCCUCGUGGUUUUUGCGGUACUUCAUGGCUUCUUCAGUAGCGCAGAUAUUCUUACUAUCGCAGUGUACGUGCCGAGUGUUGCUGAUUCACUUCCGAUAGUUGGUUCACUAUCAGCGCCAGCGUAUGCAUCUUUUAGCUUUGGCCUACGGACAGGAAACCCAACAGCCGGCGCGCUGCUUAACCCCCCACACUACGAAUGGAUCAAACUUCUCCUCUUCAGCGCGGUGAGCUUUUGCUUCUCUCUUUCGAAGCAUCAUAGUUCUGACGCGGAAGUUGAAGAUUACCAUAACCGGAGGUGGAAUUCUCAUGCUCACUGCGCUAUUGUUGCACCUGAAAUGCCGUACCCAGAUGCUGAUACUAUCGAUGCCCCCCCUGUGAAACAAUGUACCCCCUGUGAAACACCUCCGUCUUGUGUUUUUUCCCUUUACCUUUUAUCUAGCCAAUAA